CUUUGGAUAAUGAAGGAAGUGACGAAUCCGCAUUACUAGGAGAGAGAGAGAGAGAAAACUCAAGAGCAGAAAAACAGAAACUAAGACAGAAGUCAGCGUGAAGAGCUGAAUGAAGGCGCUCGUCAGUAGAGGCAUGAACACGAGUCAGCGUGAGCUCCCGAAUCAAAGUUCCCUCAAUGAGAGGCGCGAGACGAGUGAAAACAGCAGAUUACUCCGUGCGUGACGCUCCGUACUCCACUUUCCCCAAUGUUUAUUUACCAGACGUGAAGAGGCUCUAGACCGGCUUUAAAAGACUUUAUGAAUUCGUUGGUGUAUCCAGCUUCCACAAAAUAUGGGUGAAGUUGUGAAAGUGGAGCCGCUGUGAUGUUUUGAGGGUCGUGGAAUGAGUCGACUGUUAUUCCCGUGGAUUGUGCUUUUGAGCUCGCGCUUUGGGUUUUAGGAUCAUCUGGAAUGUUUGCGAGGUGGAUUUGGCCGGGUUCAGUUCGGUUAUCUCUUGUGGUUUUUCUGCUCACGGUGUUGUCGGUAGCUCGCGGGUCUGCGUCUGAGCUGAAGGUGAGGGUCCGCUUGGCCGAUGGACAGAUCACGGAUGAACUUUUGGAGGCGGACAGCGAGAAGGACUCCAUCACUGUGGAGUUUAAACAGGGGGACGGGACUCUGAUCACUUUUGUGGCCGAUUUCAAGCAGGAUGUGAAGAUUUUCCGAGCGCUGAUUCUGGGAGAAUUGGAGAGAGGGCAGAGCCAGUACCAAGCGCUCUGCUUCAUCACACGGCUCAACCACAAUGAGAUCAUCCCCAGCGAGUCCAUGGCCAGACUGAGACAGAAAAAUCCCCAGGCCAUUCGCACAGCAGAGGAGAAGAGAAGCACGGAGAUGCUGAGCAUGAACGUAGCGGUCAAUUUGACACGGACCUGGCAGCUGAGCGCCCACAUCCACAACAUGUGCAGCGUGGCCCGUGAGGCCGUGUACACGCGCGAGGCUGAUGUCAGACACUGGCUGGACCGAGGCAUGGAGGGCUCCAUGUUCGAGCCUCAAGCAGUGGAGAUGACUGGCCUGCAGAGCUGCGGGACGGUGAAGGACCUGUGGCAGCCCUGCUCCUGCAGCUACAACCUCAGACUGGAGUGGUACCCCUGCUUGCUAAAAUACUGUCGCAACCGGGACGUCUCCGGCAGGGGCAGCCCAUACAAAUGUGGGAUCAAGAGCUGCAGCAAAGGCUACCAGUUUACAUACUAUGUGCCACACAAACAGCUGUGCCUAUGGGAGGAAGAGACCUAGAACCACAUGUGCUUCACAAAAAAUAUAUAUAUUUAAUGUGACCUUCACCUCUAAGCCUUCAGACUCGUGCCUUUUGCGCAGAGCAGAUCGAUAACAAAACUACGCUGGAUAAGAGUGUGGAUAGAAGGCCAAUUUUUUUUUUGAGCCUGGCUGUGCGUUUUAGGCUGGUCGGUAGUUUUAAAGCUCUUCCUGCUUUUACCAGCACUGUGGAAUGAGUACUUUUGACUCAAAGUGAGUUUGGGACGAGCGACCUGUGAAUUAGUCAGUAUAUAUAACAAGAUAUGAUAGCUGGAUCUCGUCGGGUUGACAGUUUUUAAUUUGUUUCCAAAACUUGUAUUAUUUAUUUUUGCAGUGGGAAAUGAUUGAAGCACAGCGCACAUGUUCAGAGAAAAUAUCUUUUCUCCUUUUUUUUUCGACUCUGAUUCAAAGCACUGUAUUGAGUUCAUGGUGGACGGACGUGCUUUGCUUAACGGUACAUAAGUCGUGAGUCAUUGUCCAUUUCAUACAUAGAGAUUCAGCCACCUCAAGUCUUAAUGCUGCCAACAGUUUGAGAUUGUUUAAGAGUGUGUGUGUGUGUGUGUGUGUGUGUGUGUGUGUGUGUGUGUGCGUGCGUGCCACGUUUUUUUCUUUUUAUAUGGAUGGACUUGUCUUCAUCACAUUGCACAACAGUAUCAUUUAAAAGGUUAAUUCAUCCUACAUUUUAAAGUUUAUAAGUUACAAAUUCAUUAGUAACUUGUUAGUUUUGGAACUCAAAUUAAGAUUUUUUUUUUAUAUAUAAAAUGUGUUUUUUUGCCCCUUAAACCUAAAACUAAUCUAAAAACCUGAUGCUUCAAAAACAAAAGAAGCAAAACAAUAUUUAAAUCAGGUCAGGAAGGCUGAUGCUUGCUUGAGGUGUGAUAUCCAGUCAGGUUCAUUCUUGUACAUCACAUGGCGUGUUUGAUCUUCAUCAGCAUGAUUAGGUAAAAUUUAACUAAUUGGCAGUAAAAGCUGAAAUUAAAUCUGAUAUAAUGGGAUUAUGUCUCCUCGGAUGACGUUGAUCAAAUGGCUUGAUUCGUGGAAUUAAAGUGUUUUUGAUCACAACUAUAGAGGUUUUGGUGCCCAGACGUUUAAUAGACGUACAAAUCUCCCAGAUUUGAUUAAAAUAGUCUUCAUUUAUGUUACAAUUUUUGUGUGGGUGAGUAAAUGUUGACAGAGUUUUUAUUUAGUGCUGAACUAACCUUUUAAGGACCGGCUGGUUCAAUAUUUACUCGUACUUUGAAGUUGGGAUAUGCGAAAGUAACCAAAGCAAGGAUUUUCUGAUAAAGGAGGAUGAAAGAUGAGCAUUGUUCUGCUGAAAUCCUGCUUAGAUCUUCACUACUGUGCAUUAACACUGCCCUCUGUUGGUUACGCGACAUUACUGUCACUCAGGCUUCUUCAUUUAUUAUAACCUCAGUACAUCCGCAGAGCUGUGAAACAAUCACAAAUGCAGAUUUGCAUCAAUUCGUGUGGCGUCAAAAUGUCAGGAUUUCUCUGCUUCAGAAAUCACUCACUCAAAUGCGCAGACCGAGAGCUUUCAUCAUGAAGAAGAAGAGGAAAAACAUUUCUCCAAAACUCACAAAUCACUUCCUGUACGAAUGUUUCACGCUUAACAUGCCACAGUUGACUCGGUUGUAGUUCAUGGUACUAAAAGAGUUUUACCGAUUUAUUUAAUUUUUUAUUUUUUUCAAAGAGAUUUUAAGUGUUAUGUUGAAAGUGUUGUUUGAGAUUACACCUCCUUUAACCUCCCCACCCAACAGCCAUUGUCUGGGAUUCAAGUGCCUUGGUGAUUCAGUGUUUACUGAUUAAAAGCUGUUAUGAAUAAACUAUUUUCCUAUGAAAA